UAGCAUCGGGUGCUUCCUCAUUUCACCACCUAGAGAGAGAGAGAGCUUUAGAUCACCAGAAUGAGACUUCUGGUAGGGCAGUUGCAGGUUGAGUACUCUCUACUGAUGCUCCUGUUUGUCGUUACGGCCGUAGUUGGUCUGUGUGCUGCCGGCAUGGAAAUGAAGAAGGCAAAGAAGAAGAAAAAGAAGAAGGACACAGGUCUGAGGGAAGAAGAGGUUGGUGGAUCUAAUUGGGAUGCCCUAAAGCGGGUUUUGGCAGAGUCGGUUCAGUGGGGUCGCGGCGUCAAGUGGGUGAGAGUUGGGGUGGCCGAAGAGCAAGGGGCUGUAGGACAAGGGAGGCUGUUGGAGGAGGCGGAGUACUUGGAGCAGGGAGAACAGGAGGGCUCGGCGUCGCCAUUUUGGCAGCACCGGAUUCUCAUGGGAGAGCGCUGCGAGCUGCCAAGGUUCAGCGGCCUCAUCCUCUACGACGAACAGGGGCGGCCAGUUCAUGCACUGGACAGGGACACCCGCCAUGACCAACAGGAGAAAUUAUCUGCGAGGACUUUGAAAGACCUCCUCUGACCCCUCCCUCUCUCUUGCUCAUACAAGGUGCCAGUGAGUUUCAGCUCAAGGAAGCAGCUCAAAAAGGCAUUGGUCUUUAGAUUAAAGGCAUUGACCUUCAUUAUCAGUGUAUUAACUUGUAAUGUGCAGACAUUUUUAUUCUGUUUCUGUUUCUUGGAGCACAGUAGAUUGCAGAGGAUUUCAUAAUCUUGCUUUUGUUGGUUUAUAUAAUUCAAAUUACAAAUCCAAAUUAUUCAUCGCUGCA